AUGUCCAUUAAAAACUAUUUUUCUAAUUUACUUACAGCUUCUGUAACAACUAUCAGGACGAGGACUUACCCGACAAGCAGCACAAUUAAAAGAACCAGCUACUCUAAAACACCGAGUAAGUAUGUCGUUAUGACGGAAUCGACCACUUUACGUCAAACAACCCUUUCUGAUCGAAAUUCUUCCCCGGAGACAAGUCCAUCGUCAGCAUUCCUUGUUCAUAAGAAAAAAUCAUCGAUGACUGGGAUUAUCAUUGGAAUUUCAUGUGGCUUUCUCGGAAUGUUGCUCAGUGCUCUGGGGUUAUGGAUAUACUGCAGUCGAAAGAACCAAACAGCCUCAAAGCCAACUUCUCAGGCACUGCCUCCACCGUCUCACUUUUUAGGGAACAUCCUUUCCUACUCGAAAACACGCAAAUCAUUUUGCAAAGGCUACAACAAUUUCAGUAAUCUCAUGCCUUCGACCAAUCAGGUGCUAACCCGACGCGAUGGUCAGCAUGUUCAAAUUCUCCGUUCACCUUCUGACGCCAGUGACCAUAGCAACCAAUCCCCCAGGUCAAAUCCAGCGUCAUCUUCGGCCACUGUCUCCACCACCAUCUCUUCAUUGCCUCCGCAUGUUCCUACUUCUUCUGAUCGAACCCGUCCCCAAGGGAUCACCAUUUUGAACAAUUUCACAUGUCUUUAG